GUCCCGCAACAUCGAAAGUCACAAUCACAUCAGCCCGGUCCGUUGACGGUUCGAGGAAAAUGGCCGCUUCCCAAUUGAGGACAAUUGGCGCCUUUGCGCGCAGUCUGCGCCGCGCGCCGCGCGCCUUCAGCACCUCCAGCCGAUACCUCGAGGCCGCCGCCGUGCCCGCGACCACCAAGGCCGAGACCGCCGUCGAGGAGGCCAGGGAGAUUGGCCAGGCGCCGAACCGAGCGGACGUCUGGUCCCGGAGCCAGAAGCCGCGAACGACGGCCAUGACGGGGCCGCGGUUUGAGCAGACGGACUUUGACCUACAGCCUCAACCUCUGUCCGCGAUGGAGAUGGUCCACAAGCAGCCCGUGCAGUGGACGCACAGCCGAGUCGUCGCGUGCGAGGGCGGCGGCGGCCCGGCCGGCCACCCUAGAAUCUUCAUCAACACCGACAAGCCCGAAAUCGCCGUCUGCAACUACUGCGGCGCGCCUUUUGCCAACGAGCACCACCGCAAGCACCUCGAGGCCCUGCCUGAGACCUCAUACCCGCUGUAGGAUGGCUAUAGAAGCUUUUGUUUUAUGUCGUUUGAGGUGAUGUGGGCGGGCGACGAAGGAGCGUCGAUGUUUUAGUAGGCUGCGCGAGGGGGGAGGCUUGAUCGGGAACGAAUCUGUAUAUAGCACGACAAUAGACUGCGUGGUCGUUCCCAGGGACCCUUUGGCUCGAGCCGCAUUGCAGCAUGUCGUGGGGAUCUCUCGAAUCGAACGCAAUGUGAGGCCAGGUCUCCUUUUCCCAAGUCGAGUACCAACAACAUAUGGUCACAGGCGACGUCCU